AUUUAGAAUAUACAUUUCCUGGUUUAAAAAAGAUAAAUAUCAAAAUAUGUGUUAAUAAAAUAAAAUAAAAUAAGUCUUGGCACGUUUGUUGGCAUUAUUGUGCACACAACCUUCAACGGAAGGGAAAUACGUCAUCGAUGUUUACAUACUAUUGAAGAUAAGACGGAUUUAAACAGUUUUCGAUUACUUUAACCGUAUUUUUAACAAGUUGAUGCUGUACGUAAACUGUUUUCACUGCAAAUGGAUUAAUGUAACAGAAUUUACAAAACGCGAUGUGCAGUACUAUUUUGCGUCUAUUAUUUACUCUGGUUUUGUAAGUUGUAAAAGGGACAAACUAUACUUCUUGUUGCAACUUCAGUGUCAUGCAGUUUGUAUUUUGAAUCUAUAAUGUCAAUUGUCCAACCAGCUAAUCCUAGAGACGUUCAGGAUUUCCAGUUCAAACUUCUUACUCGUUUGAGAAUUUUCACAGCUCAAGGUGGAACAUUUACAAGUGCUGUCAAUUUAGUAGCUACAGCAAAUAAAUAUGGACUCAUAUUUGUGGGUUGCCCAACUGGUAUCCAAGUUAUUAAAUCAUCGAGCAUCAUUGGAUUGGAAUAUCCCAGUGGUGGUACUGGGGGAGAGAUUAUUAAUUAUCCAAGACGAGAGAUCCCACUUCCCUCGCAACCUACCCAUCUUAAUGUCAGCUGUGAUCAGAGCUGUCUACUGGUUGCCAUUAAAAAAGACAGUUGUGCCCAUGCACUAAUUUAUAAUCUUCCAUCAUUUGCAGCAAAGAACGUUGUCCUGGUGACUGAAAUCCGACUGUCAACCAAAAUUGAUACAUCAGUCCUUGAGAUAACGUGGAAUCCUGGUAUUACAAAUAUUUUGGCUGCAUGCCUAUCUGAUGGAAGUAUGGUGGCUUAUGAAUUAAAACCGUCUGGAGUUGAUAUUAGCACUCUACCACCUGCUACUCAAGCAAAUUGUUUCUGUUGGAGUCCCAAAGGCAAACAACUGGUUGUGGGCUCUGAAGCUGGAACACUGACACAGUACAAGCCAGAUUUGAAAGCAGUGAAGACUUUUUCACCCCCACAUAUUGGGAGUGGUAAUGUGGCUGUUGUUAAUGUACUUUGGCUGUCCAACUAUCAGUUUGCAGCUAUAUACAAGGAUAAGGUCAACGCAGAUGAGCGGCCAGGUUUGCUGAUUGUGAAUGCUCCUAAGACAGGAACAUUAAGCUUUGUGAACUAUGAGGACAUCUGCUAUAGCGGUGGAAACCUCCGGGCACCACAGUUUUAUCUCAUUUAUCAGCCAACCUGGAACAUACUUAUGAUGGCAUCAGCAAAUAGCAUGGAAGUUGGUGUUAUGGGGCUGCAAGAGGAUCAGAUCUCGUGGGAGCAAUGGACCCAGGAGGAUGCUUCUCGAGCUGAAUUGCCUCUGUCAGUAGACAAGCAGGAGACAUUUCCUGUGGGCUUAGGGUUGGACACGAGUAUUCAGUAUGAACUUCCAUGGGGUGAAAACCAGAGCAUUCCUCCUAUGCCUGUGCUUCAUAUCCUGUCCCACCAGGGUGUGCUGUGUCUGUUCUAUGCAAUUAACCUGCGACAAGGUGCUGCUUGCAUCUGUUCACCUCCUGAGAAAUUACCAGAUGAGAGUGGCCUAGCAUUGAUCACUGCCAUUCCCAAGGGAGAUCAAAUUCCUGUGAAUAAUAUUCUGUCUGGGGUUACCAUGACAGAAGCGCCACGGAGUGUUGCUGACGAUGGUGUGAUAGCAAGAACCUCUGAUCAAUCCCAGAAGUUGGCAACUCACUUACAUGGUGGUACCACAGUAACAUCAGUAGAUGAUGGUCUGAGAGGCAUACAAGUUAAUCUUGCUCAGAAGUUUGAGACUGCAAGCACCUCACAGCCGUCAAGUUUAUUUGGAUUUGGCACAGCCCUAGCAAGUGCAUCGCCUGGUGUCUUUGAUUUUGACAGUAAUGCAACUUCCACUAGUUUUGGUGUCAACCCAGCUGCUUGUUUAGGUGCUGGGUUAACUGUUAGACCGUCUUCUGGUUUUGGUGAUAGACCGACUCAAACAUCAUUUCCUGCUUUUGAUUUUUGUCCCAAUCCACCUGGUUCACCAUCUACCAUCUUUGGAAUUGCAAAAAGUAAUCCAUCUACCACCAGCCAUGGUACAGGCCUUGGUCAUACAUUAACCAGCACUUUUAGAACAGGUGUGAUCAAUUCACCAUCAUCUUCUUUUGGUACAAGCCAUGGUACAGCACCAUCAAUAAGCUUUGGCACAGGUCUUGCUACUCAGUCAUCUAUUGGUACAGGUCCAUCAGUGAGUAAUUCGCCAAGCACCGUGUUUAGUGCAGGCCUGGACCCUUCCAGCAAUGCUGUUCUGCCAGCAAAACCAACAUUCAAUUUAUUUUCAAGCUCAGCUACAACUACUGCUGCCAACUUGAAACCAGUUCCAGCACAGACUGCUAUCAACUUCACUUUCACAGCACCUGUAAUUACUUCAACACCCAUUACUACUCAACAGAUUUCAAAAUCAGCAACUCCACUGGUAACUUCUCAACCACAAAGUACAACAGUAAAUCCACAAGUGAGCUUCCUUGGUAGCAGUUCAGCAUCGUCUAUGCAAAACCCAGAACAAAUGGUUGGCAGUUCAGUCACCAUUACCAAAGUUCCAUCUCCAGUUUCAUUAACUCAUCCAGCCAAGGACGAGGCACCCGCAUUUGAAGUUCAGUUGCCAGCACACGGUCAGACGAAGCAAGCCUCAUCCUCAGCAGCUACUGCUUUAUCCAAACCUGCUGUGCCAGUAAAUGACAGUGUAUUUUAUAAUGCCAUCAAUGAGGAAGUUUCACACUUUGAAUGUGAGCUGGCAGCAUUGCAUUUCAGAGUUAAUGAAAUUAAUGUUCAAGUGGGGUCUGAAGACGAAAAGAGAGUUCUGUGUCAGAAAGCAGAUGCACUGGAUGAGUUCUUGCGGGCUUUGGAGGACACAACACAGGCCCAGAGCUCAGAAAUAUAUGGCCUAAAGCCUGCACUUAUGGAAGCUUUUGCAUUAACGGAAGAAGCGAAAUCCAGAAUACAGCAUCUAAACAAUCCCACGUAUACUUGGGUGGUUCAAUCACAAACCUUGAAUCCGGUGGCCGCACGGUAUGCUGCCAACAUCAAGCGCCACGGUUAUUAUUUGGAGAAUCAACUGCGUCAAGUGAAUGAACAUCUUGACAACAGCUGGCUUGAAUUCCAGGAUUCUCGCAAGCCACAUGAUAAGGAUAAGAUGCACAUCCCAUCACUGGAAUCAGUCUACCAAGCCAUGGUUAUACAACAUGAUAUCCUCAACAGACAGCGAGUCAUCAUAGCUGACAUUGCUCGCAUAGUUCAAGAGAAAAGGAGUAGCAGCCAGAUCCCUCUUAUUUCAAGUGCAGUUCUUGCUCGAGUUUGUGACAAGGAAGCUGUGCACCUACACAAAGGAGAGACUGAACUGUCUCAGUUGGCUGAAAAUCUUGUGAAGAUGAAAUUGGGACCAUCAGAUGUGCAAACCAGCAGUGAAGUACAGUACUGUCGCCUGUCUCGUAAGAAGGAGGCUCUUUUGAGGGAUAUGUUAUCCAGAAACCCUGUGAGACGAGUGUGCCCCACAAAACCGUCUUAUUGCAUAACAAUGGGUGGAAUCUCUACUGGAAAACCCAUAGUCAGCAAAGUUGAUAAUGGAAAAUCUACUGGCAAACCCAUUGUCAACAAAGAUGAUAAAUCAGUUGCCACUGUAUCCUGCAGUGACACAUCAAGACUUUCUGCUGGUGUUGCUAUUACUGAGCCCAAAUAUUCCUCUGCUCUGAAUAAUGUAAUAAAAACUGACUCAUCUCACUCUCCCCUCUUUCUGUUUGGGUCAUCUAGACCUUCUGAACAACAGGAUACUGGCAGUAAAAGUUCAGUUGGUAAAGGUUUCUCUUUAGUAGGUACUAAGUCAGGUCCUCCAAGAAAAGAAACCUCAUCUGGCACAAGAAUAGUAGCGUCCAGUGAAAUAUUUUCACCCACAGUUGAGGCCAAUAAAGCAAGGUCUAGUGUUUCUGAUGGCACUCAGUCCAAAUCAAGGACUCAUAUAAAUGAUUUGGAAAGUAAGGGUAAUACAAUAGGGGAUUUUUCAUUUACUAGUGUGUUGCAUAAUGGAAAACCUGCUACCUCUGGAAAUGUGUCUUUUUUAACGGGGCUUAGUAAAGUUCCUUCAACAGGUAAACUUAAUGAUGCAAGUAAGAAAUUAGAAGAUUGUUAUGAAGAACUUACUCCACCUGGCACACCUGAGUACUCACAUGGAGAAGUUGUUUCUUCUACAGGAAGUUCUGUUUCUAGUUCAUUUACAUUUAAUUUAACUGUGACUCCAACCACUUCAAAAUCUGUCAUUCCUUCAAGUUCUGCCAGUAGCAUUGCCAGUUCACUACAAACGAGUCCUCUUAUGUCGUUGGACAGUAUUGUAUCUGGUAUAGGUGAUGGUAACAGUGCUUCUAAAUCUACAACUAAGCCUAUUCUUGAGAACAAAUCCAUUCUACCUUCAUUGGCCAAUAGUGCUUCUAGUGGAACAACAUUUUCAUUUGGUUCAUUACCAUUCAGCCAACUGCAGCAAGGGGGAAAAGGUGACGAGCAAAGAAAUCCAUCAGAAACAUUCAAAUUCUCCCAAACAACUCUACCUUUCAGUUUUGCACCCCCUUCUUCACUGUCAGUAAGGAGUACUGAUGACACCUCUCAACUUACAUCUUCAAAGGCAACGGCUAUCACAACAGGUGUGAACAUGAAGACACCUCUCUUUACAACUUUUGGCAUUCAGAAUCCUCAGAGCAACUCACCAACUCAGGCAAACAUAUUUGGUAAUACUGAAAGUCAGAAGUCUUCCCACUCAUUUGUUGGGAGUGGAAGCACUUCAGUUUCAAGCAGUUCAACAAAUAUCUCUGCUCAAGCUGCAGCAUAUAUGUUCAGUAACACUGCAGGAUCACCAGCCAAGCAGCCAGCACCAACAACUUCCAGUUCCACGCUUGUGUUUGGUAAAGAAACCACAGAUACCACACCAGCUGUCGUCUCUCCUCUUAAAGUAUCGGAACAACAGAAACCUAAAACUUCUCCAAAAAAUCAAUCUCCAUUAGUAACUUCCUUUCCAAAUGAGAAUCUUUUCUCUCAAAGUGCAUCACUAUUUGGGAGUUUGUCUAUUGGAUCAGGUUCAUCUUCAAAACCAGUAGCAUCUGGGAGUACAUUUGUAGGAGGCUCAGCCUCCCUUUCUGCAAAUAUUUUUGGAAAGCAACCAACAUCCACUGACAGCCAGAACAGGAGUGAUGUACAGAAUGCACCUGAAGCUAUUGGAUCAUCAGAAACACAUACACAGAAAUCUGGAUCUCCUUCAAAAGACAUUCAGGGAUCUUCAUCUAAACCAGCAACAUCUGUGGCAGAUGAAACUCCUGUAACAGUUGCAGAUGAGAAGUCCAAAUUAUUAGAAGGGGCUGGGAGUCAAGUGGUGCAGAGCACACCAUCUGUUAUUGGUGAUGCAAAGACUGAAAGUACAACAGCUUUCAGCUCUCCUCAAUUAACUUCCAGUGCAAAUGCGCCUCAUACGUCAAAAGUCUUUGGUGAAACGUCAUCUGCAGAAAAACCUAUGACUGGAUCCAUAUUUGAUACUCAAGUGACACCACCUGCAACUUCACAGAAACCAGUGGCACCUUUUACUUCAGCUGCCACCACUUCACCAGCAACUCAAACCACUUCAACACCAAGCACAACAUUCAGCUUUACCAUUCCUACUUCAGCACCAUCUUCUAUGGCAUUUGGUCAGAAAACUACAAGUUUAUUUGGAGAGCUCGGCUCAACUUCUGCGGCCACAUCAAGUGGCUCAUUAUUUGAACAGUCCAUAUGUAGCCCAACAACAUUUGGGCAGAGUGGAGGAAGUGGUUUUGGGCAACCUGCAGAUAUAACAGUUGCUAAGACAAGUAUAUUUCAACAACCACCUGCGACAACAACUGCUCCAUCUGUGUUUGGGCAACAAAGCACAAAUACUACAUCACUUUUUACUCAGGCAUCUUCCACAGGUUCUUUAUUCAUUGGUGCAGGGAAUACUGGAGGACUUAGUAGCAAACCAUUAUUCAAGCAGUCGAGUUUUGGACAGAGUGGCAGCUCUGGUUUUGGAGCAAGUGGUGGAUCCAUAUUUGGAGGAGGAGGAGGUGCAUCUAUGUUUGGAGGUUCAGGAUCAUCGUCUGGCAACCUAUUCCAGUCACCAACUGGUGGAAGUGUUUUUGGUGGCAGUAAUUCUUCAAGCAGUGGCAGUACUCCUGGAGGUUUUGGUUCUGGCUUUGGUCAGAGUGGCUUUGGUUCACCAACUCCUUUCCAGAGUAAGCCAGGUGGAUUUGGAGGAUCUCCAGUUUUUGAUCGAGGUGCAUCAGGAUUUGGUUCAUCCCCUACUUUUGGUGGUGCUCCCACGUUUGGUGGUUCACCAACAUUUGGUAGCCCUGGGAAAAUGUUUGGAUCCUCUUCUCCAACAUCUUCAGUUGGUUUUGGAACAACAGGUCAGCAGUCAUCAACAUUUGAAAGUCUUGCCUCUCAGAACACCAUGACAUUUGGUAAUCUUGCACAAAAUCAGGGUCAAGUAUUUGGUUCGAAAACACAGUCCAUAUUUGGAGGAAAUCAAACUCAGCAACAGCAGCAGCAGCAGCAGCAGCAGCAGCAGCAGCAAGCCACUACACCUGCUUUUGGUGGCAACUCGUUUUCAAGCUGGAGAUGAAAGGAAAUAAAGAUGACAAAAUCAAGACUUCAAAAACGUUGCACUUCAGAGAAAUAGAUUUACUGUAACAAUGUUUCUAGUAUAGUUACAUUUUUAUGUUUUCGAAAUGUUUUUAUUAUGCAUGUAUGUUUCUAAAAUAAAUUACAAAAUUUUGUGCUGUUCCCUGCUCCAUGAAGUAGAAGUCAAGAAUGCAUAACUUGUAACAUAUUUCUAAUUAAAAGUCUGAGAAACCAUCAUUGCGCGAA